AUGGCCUCCCCGGACAAGCUUUCGAGCGGCAUUGGCUUCCACUCGUUCCGCAUCCCGGCCGUCGUCACCACAAGCACCGGCCGGAUCCUUGCUUUUGCCGAAGGCCGCCGCCACAACAACCGCGAUUACGGCGACAUCAACCUCGUCUACAAGCGCACCAAGACAACUUCCAACCACGGAGCCGCCCCCGGCGACUGGGAGUCCUUGAAAGAAGUGAUUGGCGACGGUGCCGGCACAUGGGGUAACCCCACCCCGGUGGUCGACGGCAAGACCAUCUACCUCUUCAUGUCGUGGAACGGCGCCAAGUACAGCCAGGUCGGCGGCAUGACGCUUCCCGACGGGACCAAAACCAAGAGUAUCGACAGCACCUGGGAGGGACGUCGCCAUCUGUAUCUCAGCCAGAGCACCGACGACGGCGCCACCUGGUCCAAGCCCGUGGAUGUCACCAACAAGCUGACCCCGGCCAACCGCGCCUGGGACGCCGUCGGCCCCGGCAACGGUAUCAAGCUCACCACAGGCGAGCUCGUCGUCCCCGCCCAGGGCCGCAACCUCAUCGGCCGCGGGCCCUCGGGCAACCGCACCUGGACAAUGCAGGUUCUGCCGGGCGCCGGGUCCGAGGGCACCAUCGCGCAGACUCCCGACGGCAAGCUCUACCGCAAUGAUCGGUUCAGCGGCGGUUACCGUAAAGUGGCGCGCGGCACGCUCACCAGCUUCGGCUCGUUUGCCCAAGACGGCGGCUUGCCCGAUCCCGGGUGCCAGGGCUCGGUGCUCCUGUACAACCGGGCCGACUCCAAGGGUCCCGCCCGGACCAUCUUCAUGAACUCGGCCAGCAAGACCAGCCGCCGCGCCAUGCGCGUGCGCAUCAGCUACGACUCGAACGCAGCCAAGUACAACUUUGGGCGGGAGCUGGCCAAUGCCCCGGUGUCUGGGGCGGGUAACGAGGGCGGAUAUUCGAGCAUGACCAAGACGGCCGACUUCAAGAUUGGGGCGUUGGUUGAGAACGAUUUUUAUAACGACAAGGGAGGUGAGAAAUCGUACCGGUCCAUCACCUGGCGCCGGUUCAACCUGUCGUGGAUCUUGAAUGGGCCGCGUAACUAG